CCAACGGAUCUGGUCUUCGUUAUGUUUUUCAGUGUCGGGUGGAGUCUAUAUCCUGUCGCAUCUCUGCGGGGAAGGCGGAGGAUUCUUUUUUACUAGUUUUUCACUGACUUAUUUCUUACUGCCAAGACAUCGAAAUACUCCUUAAAGAUGACGACGACCACCACCUUUCAAGGAAUGAGCCCUGGUACUAAAAGCAGUUCCAGGGUACUACGACCACCUGGUGGGGAGUCCACCUUCACCCUCGGCACAGAGGACAACACGACCCCCCAGCGCAAGAGCAAGAUGGCCUCCAGCAUCUUUGCAGAACCUGAGGAUCCCCAUGCUCAUCGGAGAAACAAUCCACCCAGCGGGGCACCCACAGGAACCCUGUGUGGGGAACCCUCGGCCCCACUUAGGCGGUGCCAGCAGCCUCUUCUUUUCCCUAAGAACCCUCAGCCGGAACUGACCACCAUCCACAACUCUGGAGCGGCCUUGAUCUGGAACCAGAGACAAGAGGUUCAAAAUGGCCAGGAAGAAGCAAUUGAUGAGUGUCCUGACGGUGUGGAGCAAGAGGAGCAAGAGGAGCAGCAGAAGGAGAAACCACAGCCCUCUGAACCGUCGGGAGGUGCCAACGCUGCCACGGGCCGAAGAAACCCACCUGGUGGCAAGUCCAGCCUCAUCCUGGGUUGAGACCACUUUUGGGUUUUUGGGUUUUUUUUUUUUGGUUUUUUUUUCAUCGAACGCUUUUUUAUUUUUUAAAGAUCAGUGCCCAGUCCCCCCCCCCCCCCCACUCUUUCCUCCUCAUCACCUUCUUCCACCCCCUCACCUACUUCACAUGCACAUGCGCCGUCACGUCCGUGGACCCCCGUGUCCGGUCCCUCCACCCUCAAACCUUUUGUUUUGAUCCUUUUUUCUAUUAAAAGAAGAAAACUGUUGACAAAAGCACUUUAUGUAUCCCCCCUCCCACUACCACCACCUUCCAUCUCAGCCCAUCCUGUAGUGCAUCGCGCCUGCUGGGAAAGGCAUGACGUUUAGCUUGUCCCUCAUUCUUCCCUGUUGUAAAUGGUAAAGGAAAAAAAUGCUAAAAAAGAUUUGAUGCGUGGAUUUCUAAAUACAAUAAAGAUUGAUAUGAAUUUCC